AUGCACGCACACACCGAACAUCUUCUGUCAGAGAGAAAAGGGGAGAAAAGUCAGAUAAUUUGAAAACCAAGAACACAGGCAAAGAAAACAAGUACAGGAAGAUUAGAACUACUACUUCUGCGUUGGAAUGCCGCUGUAAACUGAAGCCCCAGGCAAGUGUCAAAGCAGUUAACGAGGCUGUUACCUCGAUCAAAUGCAGGAUGAACUGGGACCGACAGCUGAGCUCCAUCCUCUCUGAUGCAGAUAACAGCGUGGCCAACAUCAGGGGAAGGCUGUCAUUAUUGGGUCACUCCAGCAUAAGGGAAGAAGAGUUGGUUCCAAACACGGGAAAGAUUCCUGAGACAGACUUUGACAGACGCACCUUUUGCUCGCCAUCACCUGGUGUAUGGCAACUGCCUCCUGUCAGUCCUGCAGUGAACUGGGCAGAUGUAGCCUCAAUCCAGUCUCAGCUUCACACACAGAACCAGGUGAUCGAGUCACUUACCAAGAAACUUAGUGAUAUAGAACAGGAAAAAGAGUCCCAGCAAUUUCACAUUCAUACGCUGCAAGCGGAGGUGGACCGGUUGCGUGAAGACCUGAGAGGGAGGAGAAGCGAGAAGGAAGGUUUUCCAGAAGACUUCUCACCGGAGAUUCGCAGCUCCAAGGUUUGUCAAGUAGAGCUGGAACACCUUAGCAAAGAGGUGGACCAUCUCAAAAUGCGACUGAGGAGGCAAGAGGAAGCGAUGAUGCGCCAGGAGAAAGAGACCCGAGAGAGCCGGCGACAGUGCCAGCAUAACUGUGAGAUGCUCCAGGAGCUGACCGACCGGUACAAAGCUCACAGUGCAGAUCUGGCCAACAGAGCUUUUGAGUAUACGCAAAAAGAGGUCCGCCACAUCAGCGCUGCUGUGUCAGAACUGGAGGGCGAGGUCAAGCAUCUGCGGGAACGCCAAACUGCACUACCAGAAACUGUCCCAAAUAGCUCGCCCAAGCUUAAAGCUGCGGAGGCGAGGCUAGACUUGGAUUCGGACGACUUGAGCCCAACUGUGAGCCUGGCUGACAUCAGCUCUGAAGAUCUCUCACUUCUGGAUGACCUGAGUCUUGAACGUCAGUGCAGAGUCAAUCGUGACCAUCUAGACAGGGAGGACGAUGACGUCGAUGACAUCUUGAAUGACAUCGAUGAUGACGUUAACCUUGAUUUAGCAUCUGACCUAAGUCUGACGGACCUCUGAACUUUUUUUUAUGUGAUGUCAGUGAAUGGACUACAUGGGAAAUAGUUGUGGCAUGUUAAGCAGUAGGGGUUUGCGGUAUGUGUUUCCCAGGCUGCAGCAGAGGAGGCCAUCAGCCACUGCGCUGUAUGUAUGUGGCGCAUGUACACAAGUAAGAUUUGUUGUAAGGGUGCAACAAUUAACCAAUCUUGAUCAAUAUAUGGAUUUGUUAAGCACAAUCAAAUGGAAAUUAAUCGAAACGCAAAAAAAUGGAUUCUUGUCAUCUUUUAGGUAUAUUUUGUCAAAAAGAAUGUUUUUGUAUUUAAAUGUCUGAAAAGUGUCAUUAACAAAAUUGCCAAAAAAAACAUCUAAAUUGCUUUGUAUUUUUCUAUUACUUUAGGUGAAAUGUAACUGAUUUUGUCAAAUGUGUACAAAAUAUUGUAUAAAAACGAUCAAGGGUCCUUGAAUCAAAUCGAACAUAGAUCUACCAUUUUUUGGGCUUUUCAAUACUAAUACAGACUAUUAUUGGUUAAUACCAUACAGUUGAUGACCAAUAUUUGGGGCAGAUAUUCAUUUGCAGUAAAAGUGUAUAGUGUUGAAAAAAUGUGAAAGAAUAAAAACACUUUGUUUCAAUGCCUAAAGCAUGUUUAUUCAACCAAAGAAAUUAAUAAAUAUAUAAAAUACGAAUAAUAGAACUCAGUUUUAACUUAAAAUACAACAAAAUGUGUACGGAGUUAAACACACACAAUAAGAAGAGAAAAAAAGACAUCCACUUGA